GCACCAACAGCAACGUGAAAGGCGAAUAGAGGAUUCAGAUACACAUAAAGGCAAAAAGUAUAAUCACAGAAUAAAUAGAAUAAGACCGGACUGUACGGGUCAAUUUAUAACAUGUGAAGAAAAUACUGUAUUUGUUUUAUAUGAGGAAGAAAAUACAAGAAAACAUCUGCUUCUAUAAACUUACCAAUGUCUGCAGUUUGAGCAAUACCUUAAAAGCUUGAAAUGAGUAAAGCUGUGACAAACAAGGCUGGAUGAGGACCAAAGUGUACGUUGCCACCAGAAACUGUGGAAGAAAGGGGGUUAAAAAAAUAAGAUAUAGCUACAAGGUUUAGUAAAACAUUCAACUUCAUUAAAGGACUCCAUGGUGUUCUAUCAGACAUGAACCAAAUAAUGAUCAAACCAGCUACCAUGCUAUGAUUAAACCAUUAUUUAACAAGCGCGCUUCAUUCCGGUGGCAGCGGUAAUGCAUAGCGGUACGUAGUGUUUCAGUCAGUCGGUCAUAAUACGCACAAAUCAUCAAACAGGAUGGGCUGGCUUGGCUGCGGUCGCUUUGUCCACACUCAUGUUAACUCUAUUUUCAUUUAACCAACAAUACAUGAGUGAAAGUUAAUUUGUAACCUGUCCUCCAGGCUGGGAAGUCCACAGAGUUACUCGCGGUUCGUUCAGUUCAGCUUUGCUGAUCCUUGUGGGAGACGGUGUGUCCCAGAGUCAGGGGGGGGGGCCGUCUACCACAUCUGAAGUUAGAUGACCGUCAAACGUCCAAAGACUCCGACAUGUUGGGACAACGGCCCGCGGAGACGAACGACGCCGCCCCUCGUCCCCAUCCGUCGGACGGUUUGCUGGACGGUGAGAAAGCCGGAGCCGCCCUGUUGCUGUCCGGAGUCUUCCUGGCGAUGGUGGGUGUCACCUUCACCGCCAUGGGCUGGCAGCACUACCAGGUCGGCCUGAGCUUUCACUGGACCCAACUCCUGGGCCCCGUCCUGAUCUCUGUCGGGGGAACCUUCAUGCUGACCAGCGUGUGCAAGUUGAGUCUGGUCUCCUGUUGUCCCUGCAGACGGCAGGAGGAGGAGGUAUACGUCGUACCUGUGAGGGAACAAGCCGCCAGGAGGCAUCCGGUCGUGGUGCGUUCCAUGAAUCAGCCGGUCAUGUUGCAGGGGACCGCGACCAUGCUGUGUAUUCCACCUGCUUAUAACUUCGUCACCCAGGGAGCACCGGCACAAAACGACAGUCAGCCCGGCAGCUCGGCGAGCGGCAGUACCGCAGCCCUACCCUCAUACGAAGCUCUGUGCUGCUUGGACAACGGGACUUUUAGCGCAGAGGACGGCCCACCUCACAGCACGGAGGCAGGCCGGAGCAGAAGCAGAGCACAGAAGACGGAAAGUGAAAGGGGCCGCCUCGACGGGAGCGAGUCCACCUGUUCUCCUCCACCUGCGUACGAAGACAUUUACCCUUCCUCCCCCAAACGCAGUUCAACAUGAGUGGCAGAAAAUCUGUGUGUGAUGUCAAGUCUUAUGCUGAUGACAUCAUUCCUUUUUCUUGUUAAAGAAAAAACAAAAAAAAACUGUUUGAAUGUCAAAGUGAUUCUAUGCUCUGUAUCACAUCUUUUUAAUAAAACAUUUGCCGAGUAUAACUCCACAGCAA